UGUAAAUUGUCUUAAGGCAGCCAAGGCCUGUGCCUGGCAUUAGUUUUCUGAGUUUAAUGGAGUGAACUAUAACUCUCUGGAUAAGGACACGUUCAAGACCAAGACCACAGAGCCAGCCAAGGCUUCCCCAGCAUUUUCUUCAGCCAAAUUCCAGGAAAGGGGCAUUAGUGUCACCUGUAGGGUUUUGUUUUCUAGGCUUGACCUGUGUUUUGGGGACCUGUGGUUUUUAUUCUAGAAGGAAAAGAUUUUCUCCAUGGACCACAGACUCACGUUUGUCCCAUAGCAUUCUCCUAUCCAGAUGAGCCGUGUUGAUGUCCGAAGCCAGAACUGGUAAUUGGGGCAUUCUCAGCCUGGGUAUGCCCAGGAAUUCAAGGCAAGGGCUGAGAGGCUUUUUGCUGUCAGUGGUCUCUGAUUAUCAUCGCCCCCCCCUCGUAUGAUGGGAAGAAUAUGCCCUACUCCGUAUCUCAUCCCACUCGAGUCUCCUUCCAUGGAGUAAGGUCUACAUUUUGGCUCUUGUGGGCACCCAUUCCUCACUGGCCAAGGCUAAUUUCGCAAGGUUGUGGAGUAGGGACUGUCAGCUGACACUUCCUCACAUGAGAGCCAUUAAGAGAGUGGUGUGGCCAAUGUCAGAGCAACCUUGCAGCCCGAGGAUUGCCCAGAGCCACAUGAGCUGGUCUCGUGACUGUAGAGGGAGGGCUGUAUAAACCCUGCUCGGGAUGCAGAUGGCGUGAGUCAGUGCAAGCUGCUGGGCCUGUUGUGAGCACCAGAGUACAGGCUUAGGAAAGUUGGUCAUGCUCGGAGUUUGACCUGAGUGACAUCCGCCUGAUCGUGUACCAGGACUGUGAGAGGAGAGGCAGACAAGUCAUGUUCGAUUCCAGAGCCGUUCAGAAGGCGGAAGAGGCGGCAGCUCAGAAAGCAGAGGAUGUCCCUGUUAAAAUGUCAGCCAGGUGCUGUCAAGAAAGCGGGAGUGUCAGCAGCAGCAGCAGCAGCAGCAGCAGCAGCAGCAGUUUCUCUUCCCAUAGCUCUCGGGGAUCCGCACAGCACUCUAAGGAGCAGCUUCCAAAGUACCAAUACACAAGACCAGCUUCCGAUGUCAACAUGCUUGGGGAAAUGAUGUUCGGCUCUGUUGCGAUGAGCUACAAAGGCUCCACCCUGAAGAUUCACUACAUACGUUCUCCUCCACAGCUGAUGAUUAGUAAAGUCUUUUCUGCUGGAAUGGGUAGCUUCUGUGGAAGUACAAAUAACCUGCAGGACAGCUUUGAAUACAUCAACCAAGAUCCUCAGGCUGGAAAGCUGAACACCAAUCAGAACAGUUUGGGCCCUUGCCGCACUGCAAGUAACCUAGGUCUGCUGCAGGCGUGCAGCGGGAGACUGCUGCAGGGGCUGUCCGAAGGAGGAGCGCUCCGGCUCACCCGCAGUGCCUCCUUCUUUUCAGCACACAGCACGCCGGUCGAUAUGCCAAGCAGAGGGCAGAGUGAAGACAGGGACAGUGGCAUCGCUCGCUCAGCUUCUCUGAGCAGCCUUUUGAUCACACCCUUCCCAUCUCCAAGCUCCUCUACGUCCUCUUCCAGCAGCUAUCAGCGCCGUUGGCUUCGCAGUCAGACAACGAGUUUGGAAAAUGGCAUCUUUCCAAGAAGGUCAACUGAUGAGACAUUUAGCUUGGCUGACGAAACCUGUAGUUCUAACCCAGCCAUGGUUAGAAGGAAGAAAAUUGCCAUCAGCAUCAUCUUUUCCUUGUGUGAGAGAGAGGCAGCACAGCAGAACUUCCAGGACUUCUUUUUCUCCCAUUUCCCCCUGUUCGAAUCUCACAUGAACAGGCUGAAGAGUGCCAUUGAAAAGGCCAUGAUCUCCUGUAGGAAGAUAGCAGAAUCGAGUCUCCGUGUCCAGUUUUAUGUGAGCCGUCUGAUGGAAGCGUUGGGAGAAUUCAGAGGGACUAUCUGGAACUUGUACUCUGUUCCAAGGAUAGCUGAACCAGUAUGGCUUACCAUGAUGUCGAGCACGUUGGAGAAAACCCAGCUCUGCCAGCGCUUUCUCAAGGAGUUUAUUCUUCUGAUUGAGCAAGUCAACAAAAAUCAGUUCUUUGCUGCCUUACUGACUGCGGUGUUAACUUACCACUUGGCCUGGGUACCAACUGUCAUGCCUGUGGAUCACCCUCCCAUUAAAGCCUUCUCGGAGAAGCGUACCUCUCAGUCGGUGAACAUGCUGGCCAAAACACAUCCAUAUAACCCUCUCUGGGCACAGCUGGGUGAUCUCUAUGGAGCCAUAGGCUCUCCGGUGAGGCUGACCCGCACUGUGGUGAUUGGGAAGCAGAAGGAUUUGGUCCAGCGCAUCCUUUACGUUCUGACCUACUUCCUCCGUUGCUCUGAGCUACAAGAAAAUCAGCUGAGCUGGAGUGGGAAUCAGAGUGAGGAUGACCAGGUCAUAAACGGGAGCAAGAUUGUGACAGCCUUGGAAAAGGGAGAGGUGGAGGAGUCUGAGUAUGUGGUGGUUACGGUGCGAAACGAGCGAAACGAGCCUGCUCUCGUCCCGCCGAUCCUCCCGCCAGUGACGCCUGAGAGGAGCCGCCCGGAGCCUGCCGGAGUAGCUGAGGUCCCGGAGGGCGCAGGCACCGGUGAGCUGGGUCACCCACCUGACAGAAGAAAAGGAUGCAAGAAGCCAGAGCAGAAUCCUGAGGCCAGCAGAACGGGGUCCCAGGAGGCAGAAUCUGACGGUUCGUGGGCACCUCAAGGCCUGUUCGGUGAGGACAGCCGGGAUGACCAAGAGGCGCCCCAGGACGGCUCCUCAAGACCUCCCGGCUGUGAGGUUCCCAGGGCAAGAGUAAGGACGGACCCUCAAGCUGUCCACGAGGAGCUACACGGGGAGAUGCUAAAGCAAGCAGCCGACAGGUCAGCAGCCUGGCCCUGCCCUGACAGACAUCCCCAGGAAGGACCUCCUGGUGAAAAGGUCACGUUCCACAUCGGGAGCUCCAUCUCUCCAGAGUCCGACUUUGAAAGCCGCACCAAAAAGAUGGAGGAGCGGUUAAAGGCCUGUGGUGGACUCCGUGGGACUCGUGCCUCUGCCAGGCCUAGCUUGGACUCUGGCCCGACUCAAGGCCAGCAGGGCUCCGGGUGUUCCUCCAGAGCUGACCUUCAGAGGGACCUUGCCCUUCCUCAGGACCAGUCCUCAGGGGGAGAAGGUGUCCCUGAGGACAGAGGCCUCCAAGCCAAUGCGGUGGCAUGUGCUGUGGGACCACUUAGCCAAGCCCAUGGCCCCCUUGCACCUUCCAGCUGUGCGGCAGGCGGUGACCAGAGACUGCUGAAACACCCUGGAGACUUGCAGUUAAGAGGCGGGAAAAGACAGCCUGUAAACACAUGUAGACAGCAGGGUGGCCUGCCGGGUGCUGCAGAUGUCCCCCGUGGGGACGCCGGUGGUAAGGUCCACUUGAGGAUGGAGGGAGACAUUCCCAGGAACGAAAGCUUGGACAGCGCUCUCGGAGACAGCGAUGACGAAGCAUGUGCUUUAGCCCUGCUGGACCUCGGUCCCAGUUGUGACAGGACUGAAGGGUCCUUGGAGGUGGAGCUGCCUCUGCCAAGGUCUCAGAGCACCAGCAAGCCGAACGUGAGAAAUUUCGCCCGCUCGCUUCUGGCGGGUUACUGCGCUACGUAUAUGCCCGACUUGGUGCUGCACGGGACCAGCAGCGACGAGAAGCUGAGGCAGUGUCUGGCAGCGGACCUGGCCCACACGGUGCAUCAUCCAGUGCUCGACGAGCCCAUAGCCGAAGCCGUCUGUAUCAUUGCAGACACGGACAAAUGGACUGUCCAAGUGGCCACGAGCCAGAGGAAAGUGAUGGACACCAUGAAGCUAGGCCAGGACGUCUUGGUCUCUAAUCAGGUGUCCUGUUUGCUUCAGUCCAUUUUACAGCUCUAUAAGCUUCACCUGCCUGCCGACUUCUGCAUCAUGCAUCUGGAAGACAGACUACAGGAGAUGUACCUUAAAAGUAAAAUGCUCUCAGAGUAUCUCCGGGGACACACACGUGUGCACGUGAAGGAACUGAGUGUGGUGCUGGGGAUUGAGUCCAGCGACCUGCCCCUGCUGACAGCGAUCGCCAGUACUCAUUCUCCUUAUGUGGCGCAGAUCCUCUUAUAACGACUGCAGGAGCCACCGGGACAGUUUUGAGUCAGAAAGCGGUAAGCUCUCAGUGACAGCGAAGGCGUGAGAGCGUGGUGCAGUCAUGGAGCUGCUGCUGCAAAUGGCCGCCUCAUCCACGAGCUUGUGUCUACUCCAUGCGGUGGCAGUUUGUGAUUGGCCACGAGUACACCGAGCCUUUGUUUCCCAGGAAUCAAAAGAAGUGACCUUUCUGGCAGACAAAGCAGAUGGCCUCCUGCUGUUGGGCAGAAUAUUGAGAACCGGCUUUGGAGUAGCGGUAACCAGUGAAUAGAACAUUCCAGUUGGAAAGUGUUUCCUGUUUACGUGUGAGAGAGCAUGAGGUGCUGCUCUGAGAACGAGCUGUGGAUCCCAGGUCGGAGCUCUCCUCACUGCCGGUGAUGUGAAGAAAGCCACACUGUGCCACUGUCUGUUCUGCGUACGGUUUCCAUGUAGGAUGUGGAAGAGGAUUGCCUAUCGGGAAGAGAGUGUGUUGUCACUUCUCAGAGUUCUGUGGUUCCAGUGCAGUCACGGGCAGGUCCGGGAGGGACUGCUGGUGCAAUAAACCCAGGAUUCAGUGUAGCUCCCCUCUCGUCAGGUCCAGCGGACGGCAUCGGCGUGUGCAGUCUAACACUGGGUAAUCGUCUGCAGCUUUCGAGUCUACAGCCUUCUCCAGAAAGACCUUUACCAAAGUUGUUUCCACGAGCUCGGGCGAGCUUCUCUGGCUCAGCUCUCCCAGCCCGGGCCUCUCUCUCCUGCUGCCCAUGAAGGUGCCUCUCUCUGCUGGAAGGUGCAGAUGCCCCCUGGGAAGUGAACCCUGAAGCACCUCCGACAAUUCAUUUGCAAUCUCAGCUUUUACACAGUCAACUCUGCACUUUUUAAUCCCUUUAGUAGUCUUUUAAAAACAUCUUUCCAGAAAUUGACCUGACCAUUUAUAAAACUUACCAAGGUGAAGAACUAUAAAAGCCCAAUUGGUCAUUAAGCCUAAAGAACCUUUGACUACUGAGCGUAAAAGUCUCUGUCAGAAGACUUUAAAACCGAAAAAAAUCUGAUGUCAGGUCAAGUCAAACCACACUGACUCCUCAGUCCUUCCUUCUCACGUGUCUCCGGUACCUGAGAAUGUUGGGAUAUCACCCGGGGGCUCAAGCAACUUCACAGUUUAUAUCUGAUAAAAUCCCGACCUGUGUGAUGCGUUUGUCGCCCCUCGUUACAAGCAGCUGUUAGUUGAGAGCAUGUGCUCCAUUGACUGAGGACAAAUGCCUGCAUCGUCUUAGUCGGCCUUUCAUUCCUCUCUGGUCCCCUGCCCCCCUCCCCCCUCCUUCCCCCUCCUUCCUCUCUCUCCUUUCCCCCUCUCUCUUCCCCUCUUGCUCUGCCCCUCCCUCUCACUCUUUGUGAUUUGUGAAAAUGGAUGACACCUCGAGGCACUUAAUGUCUUUAGUUUGCAUUUUCGUAUUUCGCAAAGUUGAGAUGUCCCAUUAUUCUAACAUGUUUCCAUUUCCCAUUAGCUGACGUUUGAGUUGCUGGCCUCGGUUUGCUGGCUUCAUGAUGUCAUCAUUAGCCAGGAAUCUCCGGGCACAGUCUUCCUUGGCGUGCAUGCGUGAGCUGUCAAGGCAGAAGUCAGCACAGCCUUCCGCCCUUGCCAGCGCGGCACGCUCCCAUCCUUCCUCCUGGCUUCUCUCACUUAUACGUGGGCUCUGCCUCACUCACCAUCCUCGGAGGUUUUGGAGAAAAUGACUCGAUACAAACCCCGUUCACUUCUCGUCACAUGUUGACAGCCAGACUCGGGAAUUGAGCCGUCAGCAGCUUGGUUCUCGGCCUCAUGCAUAAAAACUUCGCCCAGUUCUUCAAACCCUGAAAAAGAGUAAACCUGCCUCUUUCUCCGAUGUUCCAAAUUUGAGAAAAGCAGCCAGUGAGAAACUCUGGUCGUCGGUCACGUGGGGUUAGUUCAGUGCCCUCAGCCUCCUCUCUUGCCGCUGCAGAGGAGGGCAUGCCGCUGCUCUCCUGACUCCCGAGGUGUGGGGUGUCCACAUUUUCUGUGUCUUAAAUUCAGCCACUUCUCAGAAGCGGAAAAACAGCAAAGCAUCUCAUGGGCUUCCCCUGAGACACACCCACAUCCUGCACCACCACGGCUUUGUUUGGUCACAGCCGAAGAGUCCAGAAAGGGACCCCACCUUCUCCUAGGCCCAACUCAAGGGGGAAGAAAAAACCAAAACCAAACUUUAAAAAAAAAAGUUUAAAGAAAUCUACCUCAGUUGACAGGGUUCCACCCAACCUUCUGGUUUCUUCAGCUGGUAAGAGUAACCUACCUGCUGAGUGUCACUCUGACAGCGCCCUGCCCAUUGGACGGAGCAGGCGAGCGGAAGUGUGUAAGCAUUCCUGUGAUGACCUCUUUCUAGCAUGUUGCAUUUUUAUAUUUGAUAAGUUGAUAAGUGAUAUGAAUGUGUAGGUAAUGACGUAUGUUUUAAAAAUGACAAUGAAAAUUGAAAGUGUAGCUUCCAUGCUUGUGCAUAAUUCCAAAGGGUUGACUUUAUCAGUGUUAAGUAGCUGGUGGACAGCUUCGGUCCUUUUUCCAGAGGCGUGUGCUGUUUUCUACGGAGAGGAACUCAUCUCACAUCUCACGGGGCUGCCGUUUACACCUCACAGCUUUUUCUUUUCUUCUUCAGGUUCCAGGAAACAACUUUAGUCAGUUUAUUUGCUUUAAAAUCUGUUUCUGCAGAGCAGCAGGGCUUUGGUGGAGGGGCUGCGGGCCCCCAGUCACCCCUUGUUUUCCUCCUCACAGCCUGCGCUGCUGGCAGCUCUGGGGAGCAUUCCAGCAGGGCCUGCAGGUUUGGGCUGGCCAGGAGACACAGUGCAGCGGGGAAGGCAGUGUCUGGGGUGGAGCCGAGUUAGCGGCCGGCCGUCAUCUAGUUGCUGGCUUUCAGCUGGCUGGGAUCCAGUGGAAGGCGGAGGCCAGCUCAGUCUGCCUGCUGCUGCUCAGCACCCAGCUGCUUGCUGGAGACCAAAAUUCGGUAAAGGUCAAGGGCUUCUCGGAAGGCAGUCUGCAGCCUGUGCUAGACUGAUCUUACACUGCCCGCUCAAGGAGUGCGGGAGGCAGGGCCUCAGCUGGAACCAGGCUCCCACGGUGUCCCAGGCUGCCCGGGAUCACACAUAUCAGGGGUGGGCUCUCGCGGUGCUGCCAGGCACCCUAGACCUGGUCUCUAGAAGUUGGAGGCUGUUAGAAUGGCCAGGGUGGGUGAGGGGCCCGGAGGCUGAGGUCCUUGGGAGAAACACAGAGCUGUGGAGUCUCGGGGUGCUGGCAUCUACAGGACCGGGUGCUGGGAAGCUGGCUUCUGUGACUGUCACACCAGGCUGGACAUCCCCAGACUACACACGUGGCGGGUGACUCCAGAGGGGGUGGAGAGAGGAGCUGGCCACAGACCCUGGGCAAGGGCAGUUUGAGGCUGGCUCGGGCCUUAUGGUUGCCCCAGGAAGGCAUGGCAGGAUCUUGACCUUCGAUGCUGGAAGUGAGUGUCACUGUGGUGGGGAUGGCCUGGGCUUCCUGGCCCUGGGAAGCCAGUUCUCCCAUGGAUAAGGGUUGUGAAGUGACCCAGACAGCUCAGCUGUCACAGGGCCCUCACUGUCCCCAAGAGAGAUGCUCUGUGACUUCUUGGCAUGUGAACUAGUUGUUGUCUCCAGGUAAGAACAUGUAGAGGCACGCAGCCACUGAUCAGGCAUGUGGUAGGCACAGAUGUGGGUGUUGGAGGCUUCCUGUCUGUGGGUAGCACCGAGUGAGAAGGGACCCAGGAGACCAGGCCUGUGAGGGAAGGAGCUGCUCUCAGGGACCCUGCUCUGGGCUGGCGGCAUCCUUGGCCUGCCACAUCACAAAUUUUUAACUUAGCGUGUUUUUCAGAGUUAACUUUUGGAGGGAGGGAAUUCCCCACUUGCUAAACGACACUAAAUUGUUGACUGAGCUUUUAAAAUCAGGUCUUCGGAUUUUGUAAACUAGUCAGUAGCUUUUUAGGUUCUUUGUUAGUUGGAUGUACAUAAAGAAUGUAAAAUGACCCUCAAAUUGUUUUAAAUGUCUGGAGUUUUUUCCACUUAUUUUUGUGUUCACGCAUACUUUCAUCAUUAAUUGAAAAGGUCCAUAGCUUCUUCUAAUGUGAAUUGGUUUUCUGGAUUUUUUUUUAUAUAUAUAUUGUGCUUGGUGGAGAGGACUGUUUUUUUUAACUAAAAGAGCUGACAAUUUUAUUUACUUUUUCUCAAUAUAAGUGAGAGCUGCACUUUUUUUAAAAUCCCACUUCUCCCCUGCAAAACUAUUGUUUGUCAUGCAGCUAGAAAACACUCAGGCUCAGCACCGUGAUCUCCUGGUGAAACAAAACAGAUACAAAAUUGAUAUAGAGCCUUUCUGCUCUUAUCUGCCUGACCGAAUCAUGCCAGGCCGAGUGGGCACCAUCAUUGGAGGCAUGUGACCACCCACCAGGAGCAGAUCCCACGGGCGUCAUCCCAGGAAGAGGGGCCCCAUCAUUGGCAUCAUGGCCCGGGUCUCCCAUGUGGGGUGCGGGCGUCAUACCAGGGAGAGGACCCGGGAGACUGGGGGGAGGUGGGAUCAUGGCCGCGGCAGGAGGAGCAGAGAAUGGUGCUGUCAGGAUCUUUCCUUGUUGAAAUGCAGGCUCUUCCGUCCAUUUCUGUAGUGGUCUUUCACACUCUUUGUGUUUCCAACCGCUACAGUGUGUCUUUCUCACAGAUGGAGACUCAUGGGUAAGAUACAAUUACAGUAGUCAGGUAAAACAUGGGCAUGUUGCUCCGCAGGUUGGCUACUUGAUUCCUGGUCACCAGGAAAUGAUGCCGAGAGGACAUUUUAAUACAAUUUUUGCCUAAAGCAGCCCUCUGAAUGUUAAUUUUUAAGAUGUUAAAAUUUGGUGAACAUCUGGAACAUGUGUUUGCAUUAUGUUUAAAUUACAGUGUUUUAAAAAGGAGAAAAUUCUGGAAUGUAUUAUUACUGAGCUUUCAUUAAGAGAAAUUGAUAGGACUGUUUUUUUAAAUCAGUUGAAUAAAUUCCUGUGUCGGUGUGUGAAAGGUUUUUCUUAAAGCAACAUUCAUGUAUUAUUUUAAUCCAUUUUUCUGUGACAUUUGGUGCAAUAAACUUUUUGAAUUUUUCUUGCA